AGGGAUAAAACUGGCUGCGGGGAGGCCACGCUACACAGAAUGGUCGAUUCCAAGGUUGGUUAGAGCUAAUGAGGUGACCAACAUAAACAAAAAGCUAUGCUACUCCUUGUCCACCCCUGUAAGUCUCUCUCUUUUCCCGACUCACCACCACCGCUUAACACCUUCCACACACUAAGACCAACCAUCCCAAAUUACUCAACUCCAAAACCUCCAAUUCAUACCUCAUUUGGGUUUCCUACAAGACUCGUAAUUUCCAAGAUUUUUCCACUUCGGAGAAGUUCGGCCAUCACGUUUUGCUCUAGGAAUGAUGUUUUCGAUGUUUUUCCGAGUACCCAUAAGGCGAACGGGGUGGAAAUGGAAGAAAACGAGGAGCUUGAGUUGCUAAACAAGCCUUCCCCAGUUCCUAUGGAUAAUGGGUCUGCUUCAGAAGUAGAUAAAGAAUCGGUAAAAAACGAGGCUUUAGCGCCGUUUUUGAAGUUUUUCACGCCAAGAGAUUCUGUGGAGGAAGUAGAAGAAAAGGGAGGUGAUGAAGUACAAGUGUUUGAGGAGAAAAGUGAAGUGGAUGAUGAAAAUGAGGAGGUUGAGAAGGUUAGUGUCGAGUACUAUGAACCGAAACCGGGUGAUUUUGUGGUUGGUGUUGUUGUGUCGGGUAAUGAGAAUAAGCUUGAUGUGAAUGUUGGGGCAGACUUACUAGGUACAAUGUUGACUAAGGAGGUGUUACCUUUGUAUGACAAGGAGAUGGAAUACUUGCUUUGUGAUACAAGUUAUGGUGCCGAGGAAUUUAUGGUUCGAGGGAAGAUGGGAAUUGUCAAGAGUGAAGCUGUGAGAGGGGCACCAAUGCCGGGGAAGCCUGUUGUGGAAACUGGAACUAUUUUGUUUGCUGAGGUUCUUGGGAGAACGCUCAGCGGUCGGCCCUUGCUUUCGACAAGGCGGCUCUUCCGCAGGAUUGCUUGGCACCGAGUGAGGCAGAUAAAGCAACUCAAUGAACCUAUCAGCGUUAGAAUUACAGAAUGGAAUACUGGAGGCCUUCUUACGAGAGUUGAGGGUUUGCGAGCUUUCCUUCCAAAAGCUGAGUUAAUGAGCAGAGUGAACAACUUUACGGAGCUGAAAGAGAACGUGGGAUGCCAGAUGUAUGUGCAGAUCACUCGAAUAGACGAAGCCAAGAAUGACUUAGUAUUGAGUGAAAGGGAAGCUUGGGAAAUGUUAAACCUUAGAGAGGGAACACUAUUAGAAGGGACUGUUAAGAAAAUUUUUCCUUAUGGAGCCCAAGUCAGGAUAGGUGAAACUAACAGAAGUGGCCUGCUGCAUAUCUCAAACAUCACUCGUGCUCGAAUUACUUCUGUUGGUGACCUACUUUCUGUUAAUGAGAAGAUCAAAGUUCUAGUGGUGAAGUCGAUGUUUCCUGAUAAAAUAUCUCUCAGGUGUAAAGUAUGGAACCUGCAUAUUAACCAACUUUGAUCCUUUAGGUAAGUUGUUCAGAAAUGGAUCUGUUGAAUUUUGUCCAUCAUAACUGCACAAGUUAGGUAAUAUAACAUAACAAUUGGUAGUCCUUUUGUCAAACUGGGGACCUCCCACUUAUAAUGAGGACACUUGCCACUAGACCAAAGGAUUUCUAUUUCGUUCUUGCCCUUGCAGGAAGUACGUAUCAUGACUGCCUGGAUUGGCAGUCUUCUGUUUGCCACUUAGUUUUAUUUGUGCCCUUGCUAUAACUUGUAACCGCUAUAAAGGUAGUUCAGACUGGUUCUGCACUAGAAAAACACUUGUAGAUGAGCGGUUUCAGUGGUGUGUAUAAUUAAACUUCAUCUCAGAUGUGAUUUGUACUUUCUGUAAUUAUAUAAAAUUUACCUUAUGUUUCUUGAGUUUCCUUUGUGAUUGUGACUAUGACAAAGGUACAUCUCUGUUAUACGCUGCAAAGGAUUUAGGUCACUCUGGAAAUAUAAUUUCAGACCCAGGAUUUAGUUCAGCCCUUGGUUCAAUUGCCUGACUAGACUAUAGCAAUCCAUAUACCCCAUAGGUUUUGAAUUAGAAGGAAAAGGAGGAAAACACACGGAUUUCAAAUGAUUCCUGUACACAGUUAUUUCAAAUACAUUCUAUCUUAUUUUGUUUGUUGUUUUUUUAACUUAACCUUAUUGUCCAAUCCAAAUUGUUUGAGAUUAUUCAAUUGAAUUGGACUGUAGAGUGCAGGUAAUGGUGUUCUAUGAGCUAGUUAUUGUCGUUACUGUUUUAUUUAUUUAUUUAUUUAUUUUCUUAAUGUAAUUCAUUUUGGUUGGAAACCCCUAACUAAUCUGGAAUUC